AUGGGCGCUCAACAAUCCUCCGGUCGCGACCAAACGGCCGGGACGGCGUCUCAGCCCAUAAAAACAUGCUACUACGAGCUACUCGCCGUCGAGCGCGAUGCCACCGAUGACGAGAUCAAGAAGGCCUACAGGAAGCGUGCUUUAGAGCUCCACCCAGAUCGAAAUUAUGGCGACGUCGACAAUGCCACCCGACGCUUCGCUGAGGUCCAAGCCGCCUACGAGGUUCUUUCCGACCCUCAAGAGCGAGCAUGGUAUGAUUCGCAUCGCGAAGCCAUUCUGCGUGGUGCCGACCCAGAAGAUGCAGAUGGGCUCGGGUCCGAGUUCAAUAACGUUAAGCUUACCUCCACGGAUGAUAUCUUCUCCUUGAUCCGUCGCUUCAAUGCCACUGUCCCCUUCACGGACGAACCGUCCGGUUUCUUCGGCAUCACAAAGGCAACGUUUGAUCACCUACUGGACGAAGAAGUCGCUGCUGGAGAGUAUGCGCCCGGAAAUAUGCCUGAUUAUCCUACAUUUGGCAUUUCCGACGAUGGAUAUGAGGAUGUCGCCAAGCCCUUUUACGGUGCUUGGGCAAGUUUCUCGACACGAAAGACAUUUGCCUGGAAGGACAAGUACAGAGUGUCAGAUGCGCCUGAUCGUCGUGUACGCCGUCUCAUGGAAAAGGAAAACAAGAAGUUACGCGACGAAGCCAUUCGCGACUUCAACGAUGCCGUAAGAUUUCUCGUCACAUUUGUACGGAAGCGCGACCCCCGAUACCUUCCCAACACCCAGACUGCUGCGGAACGCCAAGAGUCUCUGCGAAAUGCCGCAGCUGCUCAGGCAGCUCGCUCGCGUGCCGCCAAUCUUGAAAAGCUUUCUGACGCCGUUGUUCCCGACUGGGCCCAGGCUCGGGAUGAUGCGGACGCCGGUGGUCAUUUCCCCGAAAGCGAGGAGGGGGAAUCAGAGGUCGAAGUUCUCGAGUGUGUCGUGUGCAACAAGACUUUCAAGAGCGAAAAGUCGUUUGAAGCACAUGAGCGGAGCAAAAAGCACCUGAGGGCAGUUCAGCAACUUCGACGUCAAAUGAGAGACGAAGAUAUGGAUCUCAACCUCCGAGAAAGCUCCACGGUGCAAAUUAAGAAAAGUGAGGCGGAAAACAAGGCAGAGCUCGAGGAUCUUCAAAAUCUGGAGAGUGACAAUGUGCACGAGGUUGAUGGGGAGGAGAGUGUGCCGGACGUCACCUUAUCGACAGCGAAAGAAGCCGUCGAUUCUGACGCUGCUUCGGACUCCCCAGACGAUGAUGAAUAUGCUUCCCGCGCCGAAGUAGAGCAGCGGCUUUUCUCCAACGACACGACACUGCGGCAAAGUAGACAAGAGAGCACGUGCAAGCCUGACAGUGACCAAGUUGCCAAUCUCAUCGGGCCCCUCUCUAUUGGUGACGAUGGCGACGAUCGUCAACAGCCCAAGAAAAUUGGAAAGGCCAAGGCUAAACGCGAGAAGAAGGCAGCUCGUGAGGCAGCGGAGGAGUCUCAGGCCGGCGUACACACUUGUGGUGUUUGUCAAUCAACAUUCUCCUCCAAAACGAAACUUUUUACCCACAUUCGAGAAUUGGACCACGCGACACCGACAUCGAAGACUACGGGUAGAAGGAAGAAGCGAUAG